CGAAGAUUCAUUCAAGGUAACGGGGACAUAAGACUACUGCUUGUGGCCCUCAAAGUGGUCGGUGCUGAGCUUGUUCCUGCAGGUUUGAGUCCUGCCUGCUGGAUUCCCUCCCCCCACUCCUUCUCCCCUGGUUGCCGCUCGACAGGGGUGACUGUUGAAUGGUGCUGCUUUGAAAUCGCUGGAGGACACACGCACUUUAGAGACUCCCUUUGCGCAAGAAGUUUCUCCUUCCAGGGCCACUGCGUGUCUAAUAUUUAGACAUGGUCAGCUUCCUGGAUUCAAGGACUCUACUGCUAUUUGCAGCCGCACAAGUGUGCCUAUUAGCCAUUGUCAGAUGUCAGGACGACAAUCAGGAGGGUGCUCUUAGCUGCUUGCAGGACGGCCAACGCUAUAGCGACAAGGACGUGUGGAAGCCCGAGCCAUGUCGCAUCUGCGUGUGUGACACCGGGACUGUCCUAUGCGACGAAAUAGUCUGCGAGGAGCUCAGAGACUGCCCCAAGCCUGAAAUCCCAUUCGGAGAGUGUUGCCCCAUCUGCGCCGCUGACCCUUCGCCGCCCAUUGGAACACCUGGAGCUAAGGGCCAGAAAGGCGAACCCGGCGAUAUUACCGAUGUCGUAGGACCCAGAGGACCAGCAGGCCCAAUGGGCCCACCAGGAGAGCAGGGACAUCGCGGACCAAGAGGAGACAAGGGAGAGAAGGGAACACCCGGACCCCGUGGAAGAGAUGGUGAGCCUGGCACCCCCGGAAACCCUGGCCCCCCUGGACCACCAGGACCUAAUGGACCACCUGGCCUUGGCGGAAACUUUGCUGCUCAGAUGGCAGGUGGCUUUGAUGAGAAGGCCGGCGGUGGAGCUCAGAUGGGCGUAAUGCAAGGACCCAUGGGCCCAAUGGGUCCCCGAGGACCACCUGGACCCACUGGAUCUCCUGGCCCGCAAGGAUUCCAAGGCAGUCCAGGAGAGGCUGGAGAGCCUGGACAAUCUGGCGCCAUGGGACCCCGCGGACCCCCAGGACCUUCUGGAAAACCUGGAGAUGAUGGUGAGGGAGGCAAACCUGGAAAAUCAGGUGAACGCGGACCUUCUGGACCUCAAGGAGCUCGCGGCUUCCCCGGAACACCCGGCCUGCCUGGAAUCAAGGGACAUCGAGGAUACCCUGGUCUUGAUGGUGCUAAGGGAGAGACCGGUGCUCUUGGGUCAAAGGGAGAAGCUGGUGCUCCCGGAGAGAGCGGAUCUCCUGGGCCUAUGGGACCUCGAGGUCUGCCUGGUGAGAGAGGUCGUCCUGGACCCAGCGGUGUCGCUGGUGCCCGUGGUAAUGAUGGUUUGCCCGGCCCCGCUGGUCCCCCGGGCCCGGUCGGUCCUUCUGGAGCUCCGGGCUUCCCUGGGUCGCCUGGUUCAAAGGGAGAAGCUGGUCCCACUGGUGCUCGUGGACCCGAGGGUGCACAGGGACCCCGUGGAGAGUCUGGCACACCUGGCUCAUCUGGACCUUCCGGCGCUUCCGGAAACCCAGGUACUGAUGGUAUCCCCGGAGCCAAAGGAUCAUCUGGUGCUCCCGGUAUCGCAGGCGCUCCCGGUUUCCCUGGACCUCGCGGGCCUCCCGGGCCUCAGGGAGCAACCGGACCUCUCGGGCCAAAAGGAACAUCUGGCGAUCCAGGUAUCACAGGCUUCAAGGGAGAGGCCGGACCUAAAGGAGAGCUUGGACCGGCUGGUCUUCAAGGAGCCCCUGGCCCACAAGGAGAAGAGGGCAAGAGAGGACCGAGAGGCGAACCUGGUGCUGCUGGACCAAUUGGACCUCACGGAGAGAGAGGCUCUCCUGGUAACCGCGGGUUCCCAGGUCAAGAUGGUCUGGCUGGUCCCAAGGGUGCACCCGGUGAGCGUGGACCCUCAGGUGCAAGUGGUCCCAAGGGUGCUAACGGUGACCCAGGCCGUCCUGGAGAGUCCGGUCUGCCUGGUGCCAGAGGUCUUACUGGACGUCCUGGAGACGCUGGUCCCCAAGGCAAAGUCGGACCUUCUGGAGCUCCUGGUGAAGAUGGCAGACCGGGACCCCCCGGCCCACAGGGUGCCCGUGGACAACCUGGCGUCAUGGGAUUCCCCGGACCCAAAGGAGCAACUGGCGAGCCUGGCAAAUCUGGUGAGAAGGGAUUGGUAGGAGCUCAUGGUUUAAGGGGUCUACCUGGUAAAGAUGGUGAAACUGGCGCUGCCGGACCCCCCGGCCCUGCUGGCCCUGCUGGCGAGAGAGGAGAGCAAGGACAACCCGGUCCCUCUGGUUUCCAGGGUCUGCCUGGCCCCCCUGGUCCACCUGGUGAGGGAGGCAAGCCUGGAGAUCAGGGUGUUCCAGGAGAAGGCGGAGCUGCCGGUGCCACUGGACCAAGGGGAGAGCGAGGCUUCCCCGGAGAGAGAGGAGCAGCCGGUCCUCAGGGUCUGCAGGGACCCCGAGGUCUGCCCGGAACCCCUGGAACUGACGGCCCCAAAGGCGCAAUCGGACCUGCUGGAGGCGGCGGAGCUCAGGGACCUCCCGGUCUGCAGGGUAUGCCCGGAGAGAGAGGAGGCUCUGGUAUUCCCGGACCCAAAGGAGACAGAGGUGACCUUGGAGAGAAGGGACCUGAAGGUGCUCCUGGUAAAGAUGGUGGCAGAGGUCUUACUGGUCCCAUUGGUCCUCCUGGUCCUGGUGGUCCCAAUGGUGAAAAGGGUGAAUCCGGUCCUGCUGGUCCUUCUGGAGCUCCCGGUACCCGUGGUGCUCCUGGUGACAGAGGUGAGACCGGACCUCCUGGGCCUGUUGGCUUUGCCGGACCCCCUGGCUCAGAUGGACAACCUGGACUCAAGGGAGAGAUGGGAGAAUCUGGGCAGAAGGGUGAUGCCGGCGCUCCCGGACCACAAGGACCGUCUGGUGCCCCUGGACCCGCCGGUCCUACUGGUGUUUCUGGACCUAAAGGCGCCCGCGGUGCUCAGGGACCUCCCGGUGCCACUGGUUUCCCUGGAGCUGCCGGAAGAGUUGGACCCCCCGGUCCUAAUGGCAAUCCUGGACCCGCCGGUCCCGCCGGCCCCUCUGGCAAAGACGGCCCCAAGGGUGUGAGGGGAGACGGCGGCCCCCCAGGCAGACAGGGCGACGCUGGACUUCGCGGUCCUGCUGGGGCUCCCGGAGAGAAGGGGGACGCUGGAGAGGAUGGCCCCCCUGGUGCUCUCGGUCCCUCUGGUCCUCAAGGUUUGGCCGGUCAGCGUGGUAUUGUGGGUCUGCCUGGACAGCGUGGCGAGAGAGGCUUCCCUGGACUGCCCGGACCCUCUGGCGAGCCUGGAAAGCAAGGAGCUCCCGGCGGUAGCGGAGACCGAGGACCCCCCGGACCCGUCGGACCGCCCGGACUCACCGGACCUGCGGGAGAGCCCGGCAGAGAGGGCAACCCUGGAUCUGAUGGACCUCCUGGCAGAGAUGGGUCUCCUGGAAUCAAGGGUGACCGCGGUAACACCGGUCCUGCUGGCGCUCCCGGUGCUCCAGGUGCUCCCGGCUCCACAGGCCCUGUCGGGCCCACCGGAAAACAAGGAGACAGAGGAGAGGCUGGUGCACAAGGACCUUCCGGACCUCCAGGAGCUGCUGGAGCUCGAGGAAUGCCUGGACCCCAAGGACCUCGCGGUGAUAAGGGUGAAGGCGGAGAGUCUGGCGAAAGAGGACAGAAGGGACAUCGAGGUUUCACUGGUCUGCAGGGUUUGCCCGGGCCUCCAGGUCAAGCUGGAGACCAGGGUGCUACUGGACCUGCUGGACCUUCUGGACAAAGAGGACCACCCGGGCCUAUUGGGCCCAGUGGAAAGGAGGGUUCAAACGGUAUGCCCGGACCCAUCGGACCGCCCGGACCGCGUGGUCGCGGUGGAGAGACCGGUCCUUCAGGUCCUCCCGGAAACCCCGGUCUCCCGGGUCCUCCCGGUCCCCCCGGUCCCGGCAUCGACAUGUCCGCCUUCGCAGGCCUGGGUCACACGGAGAAAGGUCCCGAUCCUCUCAGGUACAUGAGAGCCGAUCAGGCCUCCGGAAACCUGCGUCAGCACGAUGCCGAGGUAGACGCCACGCUCAAGUCCCUCAACAACCAGAUCGAGAAUAUCCGCAGUCCCGAGGGCUCCAAGAAAAACCCGGCUCGCACCUGCAGGGACCUCAAACUCUGCCAUCCCGACUGGAAGAGCGGAGAGUACUGGAUUGACCCCAACCAAGGCUGCACCGUGGACGCGAUCAAGGUCUUCUGCAACAUGGAGACAGGCGAGUCCUGUGUCCGCUCCAAACCGUCCAGCAUCCCGCGCAAGAAUUGGUGGUCCAGCAAGACCAAGGACCGCAAACACGUGUGGUUCGGAGAGACCAUGAAUGGAGGAUUCCAUUUCAGCUACGGCGACGACAACCUAGCGCCCAACACGGCCGCCAUCCAGAUGACGUUCCUGCGCCUGCUGUCCACUGAGGCGUCGCAGAACAUCACGUACCACUGUAAGAACAGCGUGGCCUAUAUGGAUGCUGCCGCCGGCAACCUGAAGAAGGCUGUGCUGCUGCAAGGCUCCAAUGACGUGGAGAUCCGCGCCGAAGGCAACAGCCGCUUCACCUACAGCGUCAUGGAGGACGGCUGCACGAAACACACAGGCAAGUGGGGCAAGACAGUCCUGGAGUACCGGUCGCAGAAGACCUCCCGCCUUCCCAUCGUGGACAUUGCCCCCAUGGACGUCGGUGGCGCCGACCAGGAGUUCGGAGUGGAAGUGGGCGCCGUGUGCUUCUUGUAAGCGGACCAAGAAAAUGUCGGAGGAGGGAGAACCAAAAUCCAAGUAAAUGAAAGUGGAGCACGAGGAGAAAAAUCAAGACACUUUUUUCUUUGUUUUUUUUUUUCUUUGUUUU